UGAUGCACACUCCCAGGCCCAUUGAUCACCUCUCUUAAUGGCACUCUGUUGCAUACAUAGUAGGUACCUAUAUGCAUUGACGUGGCUGGCUGCAAUUGCUCCUGUUCUGAGUGACAGACGGGACUGUAUUGGUACUAGUACUGUAGUGAGCUUCUGCUGCAGCUUACUCCGUACUUCCACAUGUGCAUACAUGAAGCAUGCAAGUCAUGGAGCAUCGAUUAUGGAGCUCAAGAUUGGCUCUCGGAUCACUCUUUGCAGUCUGGGGUGGCUGUAGAAUUGUUUGCCCGCGUUUUUCGUUAAGCCUUGGUUGGCUCGAGAUCGCCCAACGCCAGGCCGAUGGAUGCAUGCUGCUGCGUUUCAUCUUGCGGCACGUCCCUUGAAGGUGGUCUUUGAAGAAUUUUCUUUUCUUUUGGCACUUUUAGCCACAUGUGAAGUGA